AUGUUUUAUCCAAGUGUUUUCGUAUGUAAAGAUAGCCUGCUGUAUAGAAUGUAUGUACAUUCUUGCUUGAGACGAGUUAAUACUGCACUUCCUGUUGACUUACUGGGUGCAUGCCUGUCUGCUGUUGAUGGGGAUAAUUUAUCCUUGCGUUUGCAGUCUCGCUUGAUGAUCUCUAUUGUGACAAGUCUUCUGGUGCAUUACAGGCAGGCACUUUCUUCUUUAGUCCGGGUUAUCUCUAAGGACACGUCUACUGAAAGGGAAGUUCAUAAUAGAAUAUACAGCAAGCAAGAAAUAACAUACAAUUACAACAUGGAUGUACUUUGCAGUGUACUUAAUUAUCAAGCGAAUAAGACUGUAGUGCAAGAAGAAAUAGAGUGUGCCAGGGGGAGUGCAGUAUUAUCUGAAGGAAUGGGGUCCUUUCAGGUGCAGAUGCUCUCUGAGAUAUAUUCUGGGCAGAUAGCAGAGGAAACUGUAAGAAGAAUUGAUGCGCCUGUGAAAAAAGUAAAAAUAGACAGAAGGAUAGAUGUGCCUGGGGAGAUGAUUUUAGGAAGAAGUGUGCCUGUGGUAAGGUGGUACCAAGGGAUGGUAGAUGCAAUUAUGAAAAGUAUCCCGGAAGAAGAUCAGGAAUAUAUUGCAGAUAUAUCUUCAAUUGAAGCACUAAGAAGGUACUCUUCUGAUACGUAUAUGGAUGAUGCAGUGCACAUGGACAGAAGCAUAUCAGUUCAUGGAAGAAUAAGCAGCAUAAACAUCCCAACAGAAAACCAAAAAAUAAUUGACUUUAUAAAUCUGCUGCAUGAAGUAACAGAAGGAAAUAUAACUGCAAUACAAGCAGUGCCAUAUGGGAGGAUAAUAAGGAUUUGA